GUGGAAGAUUGCUCUAUUGGACUCCACUUCUUUGAAAAAGUUCAAGACCUACCAACCCGAGGAGCUCUAGGUGUGGAACAUUUCACCAUUGAUGGAAACUUGUUUCUUGCUUUUGGCAACUUUGCUGGGGACAUUAAAAGAUACAAGACAAGUUCCAUGAUCUACAAGAUGGACAACUCAACUGGAAGACUUUCUUUGUACCAGACCCUGCAGACAAGAGGAGCGCAUGGCCUGGAGUACUUUUCUAUCGCUAACAAACAUUUCCUUGCUGUCGCUAAUCAUUACGAUGACACAUACCGGCUGGACUCUACAGUCUACCAAUGGAAUGGAAAACUGUUUGUCGACUUUCAGAAAUUAUCAACAAACGGAGCAAUCCACUUAACCUUUUUUAAGGUAAAUGGGGAACAUUAUCUUUUAGUAGCCAACUUUCAUGAUGGAAGUACCCACUCUACAAAGUCAGUUAUCUACAAAUGGAACUCCGGCAAGUUUAACAGAUUUCAAGACAUAUCAACUGAAGGUGCCAGGGGAUGUACGGCGUUUGAGAUAAACGGUGACACAUUCAUCGCUUUUGCAAACUCCCACAAGAAUUCUGUUCAGUCCACUGUGUUUAAAUGGUCAGGAGGUCGCUUUGUUAAACUUCAGUCUCUUCAGACUUACGGAGCGUACGAUGUGAGGUCUUUUAACAUCAACGGUCACACGUUUCUCGCUUUUGCCAACUACUACUCUGGAAGUAAGCACAACACCAAUUCCUUUAUUUACAAGUGGAAUGGUAACAAGUUCGUCCUGUUCCAGUCCAUUCCUACUCGAGGGGCUACAGGCUGGUAUCCAUUUGUGAUCAAUGGUCAAACCUACUUUGGUGUGACUAAUUACUAUGGUGAUAGUCAGAAGUACAACGCCAAGUCAGUUGUGUACCGGGCCUCUGGAGCGCGGUUCAUCAAAUACCAAGGGAUUCCAACGCAUGGAGCGCGUGGUAUGAUGUCAUUUGAGUACAAAGGUCAUACUUACCUUGCAGUGGCAAACUUUUACAAUGGCCAGAAGAACAACAUAAACAGUGCCCUGUACAAGUGGGUGUAG